AUGCCAUUGCAUGGGGACACCACGGUCACGGACACCAGCGCGACCUUAUCAGUCGUCGCGGCUGCGGGUUCCCGCGUGAUGUCGCGGACGGAGGUGCCGGCCUUGGUGGUCCUGCGGCGGCGGCGGCGAGGCAACAGUCAGAUUCAGCCCCAGCAGGAAGCCCCAGCUGAGUGCGGGGAGUCCGGCACUGGGAAGCCGCACAUCAUCGUUGUGACGCAGCACGGUCCCAUUCACACCGCGAGAGUUGGCACCCACAGGCACUCACUGCAGCCUACGCGUAUUGUGUCGUCCAGUCUGUCUGCGAGAGUCACGGGGGCAAGCACAUCUGAAGGAAACUAUGAGAGUGGGGCGCACGCCGGCAGCAACGGCGCGGCAUUUCUAAGUUUUUGCUCUUCUAACCGUCACCGAAGAAAAAAUAGCUUGGUACGGCAUAUCGAAGGAGCAUUUGUUGAAGUGCAAGAUGGCGAUAAGAGCUCUGCCAGACGCUCAUCACGGCGUCGCAUUGGCGGUAAUGUUUACGGUAACGACAAAAUCAACAAAUUUGCCAAAGAAGACGAAAAUGCUGAGCAUAAACCAGGGCCUUCUAUCUAUACUUCCGCUCACCCAGCCGUUGGCCUUCUCUCACCUACAACGACACUGCGUCUGGCCGACCUUGAGUGUGCCAUUGCCAAGCAUGGGCAGGUGUCUCUCCGCGUCAAGGCGAACGGCACGAAAUGCUCACGAAUGAACCGUAAAAUAGUCAACCUCCACUUGUGCAAAUACUCGCUUCUCCGGAUUAUUGCAGAGGAGCAGGGGUUUAGAACGCAGGAAACUGAGGAUGAGUUGGAAAAAAAUCAAUUUAAUCUUGUAUGGUCCGACACAGUACUUCCGCUUACGCGUCUGGUACGCCUGGCAAACUGGCAGCGUACCAAUCACUUUCCUUCGAUGUACCUACUCUGCCGCAAGGGUCACCUGGGCAUCACACUUGGGAAGAUGCGUCGAGCGCUUCCCUCGCACUUUCUCUUCUACCCGAGAACGUGGUCUCUUCGUAGUGAGCGGCAUCAAUUUAUGGGGUUCGUGAUGGCGCUACGAUCCAAGAAGGUGUCCAAGUUUUUUAUCCUGAAGCCCAAUUCGGGUUGUCAGGGCCGUGGUAUCGUCAUCUCGCGAGAUCCAUUGUCCGCCGUGGAAGACGUGGACAACUAUGUUGUGCAGGAGUACGUCACGAGGCCACUGCUUCUGGAGGGGCAUAAGUUUGACCUUCGUGUUUACGUGUUGCUAACCUCCAUCCGCGCCCCCUCCAUCUUCAUGUUCAACGACGGUCUCGUGCGUAUAUGUGCCGAGUUGUACGAAAAACCCAACGACAACAAUGUCCGCAACGCAUGCAAGCAUCUGACGAACUACGCCGUGAACAAGCACAGUCCGGAGUACGUGUUUAACAAUAACGCUGAGGAUGGUCAUCUUGGCAGCAAACGUAACUUUAAGUUUCUUAAUGAAUGGUUAGAGGCAUCAGGAAAGUGUCCAGUGGAGUUUUGGGCGGCCGUUGCCCACCUCAUUUGCAAAACCAUCCUUGUUGCACAGCCGCAGAUCACCAGUGUCUACAACUCCUGCUUUUCACGGCCAAAUGACGGCUACAACUGUUUUGAGGUCCUGGGGUUUGACAUCCUCAUUGAUCACAAGAUGAAACCGUGGCUGAUGGAAGUCAACCACACACCGUCGCUUGCCACCGACACCCCGCUGGACUACGACAUCAAACACGCCCUCAUCAAAGAGGUCUGGGAAAUUAUUGAUAUCAAGGCAUCCGACAAGAGACAGGUCGAAAAGAAGGAGCGGAAUCGUUUUGUGCAGCGUGUGAUGUGUCAACCGCUGGCCGCACAAAAUGUGACGGGAACCAAAAGUGAGCGGGGCACUGACAUCACAGCGUCUACCUCGACGCCCACCACGAAUUCGCUGCCGCAGCAACAACUGUUGAAGACGCCAUUGUCUCUCACAGGGGGUACUCAGGAACAGGUAAUGGAGGAGGCUAACCUCAUUGAGGAACGCCGCGCUCGCGAGGACGCAAAACUAUGCAACUUUCAGCGUAUUUACCCCACGACAGAUGUGCAGCACCAGCUCGUAUAUGACGCUAUCCUGGCGCAGGCCCGGACCCAGUUCGGUUCCCCGCGUCCUUCCUGGGUGAGCUCUCCGGCUCCCACUACACCGCAGACAACGGAGGAGCGUUACCGACGUUUUGAUGUCUUAUCUGUGGGGGUUCCCAACCCGCCUCGCGCCGCUUUCGGGACAAGUCUGAGAGAUCGAAGUGUGCUAUCAACACCAUGUGAACCUGUCGCGGACGCUUCAAUUAAUUCCCUCUCAAAUAUUUCCACGUACUCCAUGGGACAACAAAUGCAGCGUCUUUGUGAAGACAUGAAGCUUAGUCAGUCCCGUGGCAAACCGACACCACGGACCGGCUCUUUUUUCAACUCCGCAGUGGGAAGUAAAAGCAGUGUCAGCAACAACAAUCAACACCCCAUAGAUGGACCCUCGGAUUCAGCGCCAUUGACUGGGAUGGCGACAACCAACUUGGCGCCGGAGCGGAAGCGUCCAGUUCUGGGCCGUAUAUCUAUGGGGAUGAAUACUGAAGGCCCACUGCGCAAGCCGCACAUCAUCAAUACGAAACUGGCACCCGGUGGAUCCCCUAGUGUAGCCCCUGUUGGAAAUCCUCCUCCAACCACGGAGCGCCUCGAGGAGAUGCGGAGCCUGCAGGAGCGUCUUGAUCAAGAAGCUGAAUGUGAGCUGUCUCCGUCCCAUGACAGUACUGAGGGAAGCUCCUUUGGCUUAGAAGAGGAGGAAUAG